CGCGCGCCAUGUCGUUCAGUGAAAUGAACCGCAGGACGCUGGCGUUCCGAGGAGGCGGGUUGGUCACCGCCAGCGGCGGCAGCGGCAGUUCCACGAACAAUAACGCUGGCGGGGAGGCCUCGGCUUGGCCUCAGCAGCCCCAGCCAAGACAACCCCAGCCGCUAGCGCCUCAGCAGCUCAAUGGGCGGGGGGCCGACGAGGAAGUGGAAUUGGAGGGCCUGGAGCCCCAAGACCUGGAGGCCUCCGCUGGGGCGGCCGCCGCCGCCGAGGAAACCAAGGAGUUGCUGCUCCCCCAAGACGCGGGCGGCCCCACCUCGCUGGGCGGCGGUGGCGCGGGGGGCCCCCUGCUAGCGGAAAGGAACCGUCGGACUCUGGCCUUCCGAGGAGGAGGCGGCGGCGGGGGUCUCGGCAACAAUGGCAGUAGCCGCGGCCGCCCCGAGACCUCGGCGUGGCCCCUGAGGCAUUUCAAUGGGCGAGGGCCAGCGGCUGUGGAUCUGGAGCUGGACGCGCUGGAGGGGAAGGAGUUGAUGCAGGACGGCGCGUCCCUGAGCGACAGCACCGAGGACGAGGAGGAGGGGGCGAGCCUGGGCGACGGCAGCGGGGCGGAAGGCGGCAGCUGCAGCAGCAGCAGGCGGUCGGGCGGAGAUGGCGGGGACGAAGUGGAGGGCAGCGGUGUGGGAGCUGGCGAAGGAGAGACUGUCCAGCACUUCCCGCUCGCGCGGCCCAAGUCCCUAAUGCAGAAGCUACAGUGCUCCUUCCAGACCUCUUGGCUCAAAGAUUUUCCCUGGCUGCGGUAUUCCAAGGAUACUGGCCUUAUGUCUUGCGGCUGGUGCCAAAAGACCCCUGAGGAUGGGGGAAGCGGGGACCUUCCUCAAGUGGGGCACGAUGAGCUUUCGCGAGGGACCCGAAACUACAAGAAAACCCUUCUUCUGAGACAUCACGUCUCUACCGAGCACAAACUCCACGAAGCCAACGCCCAGGAGUCAGAAAUACCAUCAGAGGAGGGGUACUGUGACUUUAAUAGUAGGCCAAAUGAGAACUCUUAUUGCUAUCAACUUCUUCGACAACUAAAUGAACAAAGAAAGAAAGGUAUUCUUUGCGAUGUCAGCAUCGUGGUGAGCGGAAAAAUCUUUAAAGCCCAUAAGAACAUCCUGGUUGCAGGCAGCCGUUUCUUUAAGACUUUAUAUUGCUUUUCAAACAAAGAAAGCCCUAACCAAAACAAUACUACCCAUUUAGAUAUUGCUGCAGUUCAAGGUUUUUCAGUCAUCUUGGACUUCUUGUAUUCUGGUAACCUGGUGCUCACAAGCCAAAAUGCCAUUGAAGUGAUGACAGUGGCCAGCUAUCUUCAAAUGAGUGAAGUUGUUCAAACCUGCCGAAAUUUCAUUAAAGAUGCCUUAAAUAUAAGCAUUAAAUCAGAAGCUCCAGAGUCUGUUGUCGUGGACUAUAAUAAUAGAAAACCAGUUAAUAGAGAUGGUCUAUCUUCAUCACGGGAUCAAAAAAUUGCCAGUUUUUGGGCGACACGGAAUCUUACCAAUUUGGCAAGUAAUGUAAAAAUUGAAAAUGAUGGUUGUAACGUCGACGAGGGCCAAAUAGAAAACUACCAGAUGAAUGACAGUAGUUGGGUUCAGGAUGGUUCACCUGAAUUGGCUGAAAAUGAAUCUCAAGGUCAAACAAAAGUGUUUAUUUGGAAUAAUAUGGGCUCCCAGGGAAUUCAAGAGACUGGCAAAACAAGGAGGAAAAACCAAACUACAAAGAGAUUUAUUUAUAAUAUACCACCUAAUGAAACAAAUUUAGAAGAUUGCUCAGUGAUGCAGCCACCUGUUGCCUAUCCAGAGGAAGAUUUAUCAUUCAUCAAGGAAGAACCAGACCUGGAUGGUGCUCUACUCUCAGGGCCAGAUUGUGAUAGGAAUGUGAAUACAAAUUUAUUGGCUGAAGCCAGCUCCAAUCAGGAUGGAGGUGAUGCUGGUACUUCACAUGAUUUCAAGUAUGGCCUGAUGCCUGGCCCUUCAAGUGAUUUCAAGUAUGGAUUGCUACCAGGUACUUCAAAUGAUUUCAAGUAUGGAUUGAUACCAGGUGCUUCAAAUGAUUUCAAGUAUGGAUUAUUGCCUGAAUCUUGGCCAAAACAAGAAACUUGGGAAAAUGGUGAAUCAUCUCUAAUCAUGAACAAGUUAAAAUGCCCUCAUUGUAGCUAUGUAGCCAAAUACAGACGAACACUAAAAAGGCAUUUGCUCAUUCAUACGGGAGUCAGAUCAUUUAGCUGUGACAUUUGUGGAAAACUGUUUACUCGCAGAGAACAUGUGAAAAGACAUUCCCUGGUGCAUAAAAAGGAUAAAAAAUACAAAUGUAUGGUGUGUAAGAAGAUCUUCAUGUUAGCAGCCAGUGUUGGAAUAAGACAUGGAUCUCGACGCUAUGGCGUUUGUGUAGACUGUGCAGAUAAAUCACAACCAGGAGGGCAAGAAGGUGUAGAUCAGGGACAGGAUACAGAUUUCCCUCGGGAUGAAGAAUAUGAGGAAAAUGAAGUAGGAGAAGCUGACGAAGAGCUGGUUGAUGAUGGAGAAGAUCAGAAUGAUCCAUCUCGAUGGGAUGAAUCAGGAGAUGUUUGUAUGUCUCUAGAUGAUUAACUGACCUAUACUCCUCAAGGAUGCUGCAUUUGGACAUAAUAUGAAUCGACAAUUUGAAUUGUUGAACUGAAGGCUUGCAAAAUAUGGUACAUGCUGGAUGGUAGUUAUGUUGCUGUGAAAACUGUAGGGUCAAAAAGCCUUAUAGCAAAAAAAAAUUUUUUUUUUAUAUUUGCACAGGACUGUACAGCAAACAACCUUGUGGUUGGAUUACAUGGAGUCCCAUCUUCAGUCAGUUAUCAAAAAUAUUUUUUAUUUAUAGGAUAUACAGUAACUAUUUGGGUCCUAUGAAUAUAUAGUACGUGUCCUUAAAGAGCUUACAUUCAUGUGCCACUUUAACAUGAAUGAAGAAAACCCAUUUAUGAGACUACAGUGACAGCUGACCCAAUUCUCUGUCCAUCAAACCACUCAGGCUAGUUUGUACUAGUAGAGUUUUGUUUCUAUUUUUAUUUUUAUUAAUUUUAUUUUUUUUAAUACAGAUUUUCAGUGAGGGGCCUUUUCAGCCCCAUGGGUUCUACCUUUCUGUAUUUUUCCAUUUUAAUUUGCUUCAUAACUUAAACCAAGUCUCUUCUAGUCUUAGGUAUUAUUUCUCAAUUUUGUGCUGAUGGGCAUGUUUAUAAGAACUGGAGAGGUAAUUUAUUGGAAUGAACUAACUGACUUCCUCCAUUCCCCCUUUCCUUUUUGACAUGAAUUUUACUACUUUACAAAUGAAGAAAUGAUGUUGCAAAGUUAACAUGGCGAAGUUGACAAAUACCACUAAAAUGAUUAUGAUCUAGAAGUAACUUUCUCCUGCUGCUGUAAUCGAUAAAUGGUUACUAUAUGACGUUUUCUGACAUGGUAUUCGGUUUUGGGUAUCUGUUACUUUGGCACUAUUCUGGUUUGCCUCUUUUUAUUUUUGCCAGUGUACUAUACCUCAGUCCUAUAUGAAAAGACAGAAAUCUAAUCGAAAGAAAAGUCAUCAUAGAAACAAUAAGGAAAAUGAUUUGUUUCCUAAUUUGACCUCCAUGUCCAGUUUGGUUAGCUUGUUAUGCAAUAUAAGUGAAAUAUCAGGUUUUUAUUCCUGUGCCCUUUUUAUCAUUAAAAAUAACACAAAAAGUGCAUUCUCUUUUGUUUGAUACUUACUGGGAUAUUGAACGUUUUGAAAUUAUGAUAGAUCAUUAUUUUUUCAAUUCCUCAAAGUUACUACAUCUUCACAUAUAGUCUUUCUGGUAGUCACCAUGAUUCAACAAUCUGCAAAAAUCUUACAAAUAAGAUAUUGAGAGGCUUUACAAUUAUUCUGUUAACUAAAUUCUUCAGGGUACAAGGGGUGAUGUAUUAAGUUGAAAUUGUCAGAUUUAUUUAGCCUAAUGACAGAUGAAUUAGCUGAUUGUUAAACUCACAGCAGCAUUUCACAUAAUUAAUAUUAACAUGCAUGACAUUUAUCAGGAACAUAUUGUAUAUUAUAUAAGAUUGAGGGAUAUCAUAUUUUCAGCUUUCUUUUAAAUAGAAAUUGAGUAUAUUUUCCUAUUUUAUAUCAGGUCACUAAAUUAUGCUAUUUGUGUGGAAAAAAUUGCAAAGUAUACUUUGACAGACAUAAUCCUUUUGGUGCUCCAUCUGAUCAAAGUUGAAAAGCUGAUAGGUUUUUUAAGAGACAAGCUUUCUCAUUGUCUCCGACUUCAGUACUAUAAUGGUUUAAUGUUAGACAUUGAUGUUUUUGCUUGGAUAAAUCAAAGAUAUAAAAUACAGUUACAUGGUUAGAUACAUCUUUUGUCAUCUAAACUUUAUUGUAGUUUCUACAUAAUUGUAAAACUGACAUGAAUAGUUUGGUUUGAUUUUUGUUUAAGACUGAAGAGUACAUCUUAUUCUCAGUGUUCUAGACAAAUGAGUAUAAUGUAAUUCUGGUGGGGUCCAAAGUAGACGUUAGUUGGGCAAAGAUACUAUGAAUGAAAAAGUAUUUUAAACGUAAAAUGUUCUGCUUUGUGAAUAUGUAAGUAUAGUAUAAAGAUUUCUUUCAUCCCAUUAUCCCCCUCCUUUAAAAUAAACCAUAGUUUACAAUUGGUAGAUCUGUCUAUAUAUAAAUAUAUAUUAAAGAGAAAAGAUAUAUAUCUGAAAAUCACCUAAAUCUGCUUUAUUAGACUACAGUUCACUUAUUGCAUAGAAACUGGACUUGGCUUUACAUUCUUAAUGUACUUUUACUUUUCCUCAAGAUAUGAACUUACUCUCUUUAAACUGAAUUUUCUUUUACUACUUAAAUCAUUUAUGUAUAUCUGGUAAAUUAUGACCAAAUUUUUGUUAGAUUGCAUACAGUAAAUUGAAAUACACACUUGGUACACUACGGGAUUGUUGUGCUUUUGUUUUGGUUUUAGUUGGAAACAAGGUUUGAUGUAGAUGGCUUGUUACUGUUAAUUUAAAAUAUUCUAUAAUUGUCCAUUACUUUUUAUGUUGUGUUGUGACAGAUUUGGCUAUAUUUUUAGUCAACUGAAAUAUGAUACUUUAAAAGUUUGUUUUUAGAAAGGUAAUCCAAAGGAAUAAUGUUUAUACUCUUGAAUAUAUUAGCCUCAGCCUAUAUAAAAAUUUCUUCUUUAAAGUAAACAUUUUACCAGAAACAGAACUGACAGAUUUUUCUACUUGCUGACUGCCUAACUUAUUUUGUUUCAUGAUCUCGAGGGACUGCCUUUUCCCUUCUAGGUCUUUUUUUAAAAAUAGUUUUAGUACUAAGGUAUACUACUGGACUUUUUUUUUUUUUUUUAAAGUAUAUUCUUUUUCUGACUUACAGUACAAUUUCAGGAAGUUGAUAGAUAAUAAGAACUUAUGAUUGGUCUCAAGGUGACAAUGAAAUACUCAUAAUUUUGUCUGUGGAGCCCUGGCAGAAUUAUGUGUUAUACAUUUGCUGAAUUUUUCUCUUGUAACUUAUAUUUUAAAUGAGAAGCAUAUUUUAGAGCUUGUAAUUUUAAUGAAGAGGAAGAAUAUAAACUUUCUUUCCUAUUUGCUCUAGUAACAGACCCUCUCAUAUAAGUCAAGAUCAUGUAUUAUUUCUUAGAAUUCUCAGAGACAGUUACUUCCAUAUGGUCCCUGCAUUGUUGUUAUUGGCCCUCAUUAUUCAUAUUCACUAGAUGUUUUGCUAAAUUUUAGCACCCUAGCAAUUAAGAGCU